GGAAACUACCGCAGCAACAGUCGUAAACAGCAAGGAUGAUUAACAGGUUGAUAAGAAGUGGCGGCGGGAUCGGAAAGAGAUAGCCCAUGGAGCCAAGAAUCUCGCCCCCAAGCUGAAAUGGACCGUGGAGCCGCAUCUCAAGACCCAGUCUACCUCCGCCUCCGCCGAGACUACCUGAUCAUCUACUUGCUAGCAGCCUUCGUGGACUGGCUGCAGGGGCCCUACCUCUACACCAUCUACUCCACCUCGAACUACACAAAAGCCGACAUCUGCUCCUUCUACAUGAUCGGCUUCGCCAGCAGUGGAAUCUUCGGGGUCCUGGUGGGCCACUUCGCCGACAGCUUCGGCAGAAAGAAGAUGUGCAUAGUCUACUUCCUCUCGACGAUCCUCACAUGCACCUGCACGACGUCGCAGGAUCGAGGGGUCCUGAUGGUUGGGCGGGUCUUCGGUGGCGUCUCGACAUCGAUCCUCUGCUCGACCUUCGAGUCCUGGUACGUGGGCCAGCACCUCUCCCGUUAUCACCUCGAAAAAGACUUGAUCAGCACGACAUUCGCCAAAGCGACAUUCUACAACGGCUUGACCGCAAUCUCCAGUGGUUUCGUGUCAUCUCUGCUGGUGGACACGCUUGAAUACGGUCCAGCGACUCCAUUCGUCGUCUCCAUCCCCACAUCCGUGAUCUCAGGGUGUCUCUGCGCCGUCCUCUGGGGGGAAAACGUGGAGAUCACCACCAAAUCGAUGUCUCAGGCACGCAGAGCCAAAUUUAAAUUUAAUGUUGAUGGGGAUCCCUGGUCUCAGGACAUCUUCAGGGGCUUGAGAAUCAUCUUCUCGAGGAACAGCAGAGCCCUCAUUUUCCUGGGGGUCGUGCAGAUAAUCUUUGAGACUGUCAUGUACGUCUUCGUGUUCCUCUGGACUCCCGUACUCGAACCCAUCGACCCCAGCUUCGGUCUCGUCUUCGGGAUCUUCAUGAUGUGCAUCGGAAUUGGGAGUUCUCUGCACUCGUUUUUCGAGGGGCAUUUAGGGGUUCCUGUGGAGACUCUACUCUCCUCCAGUGUUCUGCUGGGGCUGGGGAGCAUUGCCACCUGCACGGUGGGGGUUCAUCUCCAGGAAGAGGAGGGGUUCUUGUACUUUGGGAGUUAUCUGUGUUUGAUUGGGUUCAUGUUCUUUGAAAUUGCGGUGGGGAUGUACUUCCCGGCUGUGGGGUUCCUCAGGGGCGUCGUCGCUCCUGAGAGCCUCAGGGCUAGUAUCGUCAAUUGGAUGAGACUGCCCUGCAAUUUCCUCGUUGUUGCUGUUUUGUUUUAUAUUAGGGUUGGGGGGAGUGAUAACCAGUUGAUGUUUGCUGGUAGUGCUGUGGGACUCGGCUUCACUGCCCUUUAUUCUUUCAAAUUUGCCAGAGCUUAUGAGGGGAAGGACCGGGGGGAGCGGCAAGGCUGCUGUACUUUGAGCCUUUGA